AUGGCCAAGACGAAGCAAGGGAAGCGGGACGUCGACGCCUACACCAUCAAGGGCACCAACAAGGUGGUCCGAGUGGGGGACUGCGUGCUGAUGCGUCCGGCGGACACGGACAAGCCGCCGUACGUGGCGCGGGUGGAGCGGAUGGAGUCGGACGGGCGCGGCGGCGUCCGGGUGCGGGUGCGCUGGUACUACCGCCCCGAGGAGGCCAAGGGCGGCCGCCGCCCGUUCCACGGCGCCAAGGAGCUCUUCCUCUCCGACCACUUCGACACGCAGAGCGCGCACACCAUUGAGGGAAAGUGCAUCGUUCACUCCUUCAAGAGCUACACCAAGCUCGACAACGUCGGCCCGGAGGACUUCUACUGCCGAUUUGACUACAAGGCCGCCACCGGUGCAUUCACCCCCGACCGUGUCGCCGUGUAUUGCAAGUGUGAAAUGCCGUACAACCCGGAUGACCUCAUGGUGCAGUGCGAAGGAUGCAAGGACUGGUUCCAUCCGUCUUGUAUGGGAAUGACCAUUGAGCAAGCCAAAAAGAUAGAUCAUUACAUGUGCUCGGAUUGUGCUAAAGAAAAUGGUGCAAAGAGACCCUCAAAUUCAUACCCAUUUUCACCCAACUCUGAUUCUAAGACUUUUUUGUCGAUUAACCCUAUGUGGUGCUUUUAUGUUGUCUUCAAGGGGAGAAAUCCUGGUGUGUAUGAUAACUGGAUGGAUUGCCAUGCACAAGUGAAUGGUUUUGCAAGCAACCUGUACCAGGGAUACCAAACUUGGGAUGAAGCAAACCAAACUUGGUUGCUGUACAAACGUCACCAAGAUCAGGCCACAGAGAUCAAAGCAGCUAUAGCAGAAACUUGCAAAGCUCCAGAAAAGCCUCCCACUGUUAAUUGCAGCAAAGAUCUCAUCAUCAUAUUGCUGGUGGUAGUGGUUGCAGUCCAGAUGUGGCUUCUGUUUGCUAAGUAG